UUUGGGAUAGAAAGUUAUUUUGGAAAACUGAAAAGUUGUAAAUUAUUGUGAAAAUAUUGUUAAUCAAUCUUUAUUCUGUAUGGUUUGAAUUUAUUUAUUUGUCAAGCUUUUUUGACAAAUAAUUGCAAGCUUAAUUCAUAACUCAUUUCGGGAAGCUUUGAAAUACACUUAAAUUGUAAUACAUAAGCUGGAGUAUCGUAUAUUUUAAUCGUUUUGCAAUAGCUUUUUCUUCUAUUAACCCCACUCCGUACCGCGCAGUUACGUACUAGCAAAGCUAGAUAACUAAUCUCUAUUGAAAGACUUCUUGUUGAACAAGCUUCCAUUCACAAUCGAACAAGCAGCGUUAUCAACCCUACGUCAUGUAUCAUGUAAUGUUUAGCGAUAAAACAAUCACCUCCAAAACAUUGCUUUCCCAUCAACUGAUUUGUCCAGCCAGAAGCUAUAAAACGGAUGCAACUUCUACGUGUUGGUCCAGUCCCCCCCGUAAUCGGGUGUCGUUAACCUUGUCCAAUAAAAUGAAGACCUUAGUGCACUUGGGUGUGAUACUACUGUUGGCGGUCGUAUUGACCUCCAACCCGGUGGUAGGUCAACACGAUCCACACUUUGUCCGUGGCCACAGCACCAUAGUGCAUCUGUUCGAGUGGAAAUGGAGCGACAUUGCCGAUGAGUGUGAGCGUUUCCUCGGGCCCAAGGGUUACGGUGGUGUGCAGCUGUCACCGGUAAACGAGAAUAUCGUUAUUCGAUUGGACGACGGUUCCCGACCAUGGUGGGAACGUUAUCAGCCAAUUUCGUAUAAGCUGGAAACCCGCUCCGGCUCGGAAGCUCAAUUUGCCGAGAUGUCCCGCCGUUGUAAUGCGGCCGGCGUGCGUCUCUACGUGGACAUAAUCAUCAACCACAUGGGUGCGACGCAACCCGUUGAGCCGGCUAUUGGUACGGGUGGCUCCACGGCCAUACCCUCGGAUCGUCAAUUCCCCGCCGUACCUUUCGGGUGGCCCGACUUCAACCCGCCAUGUGACAUCAACGAUUGGGGCAAUCCGAUCGAGAUCCGCAACUGCGAGCUGGUUGGAUUGCACGAUCUUAACCAAGGUGUACCGUGGGUUCGCGAUCGUAUCGUUGACUUCCUGAACCAUCUGAUCGAGCUCGGUGUUGCCGGGUUCCGUGUGGAUGCCGCUAAACACAUGUGGCCUGCAGAUCUGGAGGUGAUCUUCGGACGUCUGAACAAUCUGAACACCGCGUACGGCUUUGCUCCCGGCUCGAGAGCGUUCCUCGCGCAAGAAGUUAUCGAUAUGGGUAGCCACGAGGCAGUCCGUAAGUUCGAGUACACCCAUCUCGGCACGGUCACUGAGUUUAUGUUUUCGCACUACCUUGGCCGAGCAUUCAGUGGCAACGAUGCACUCCGUUGGCUGUCCAACUUUGGAGAAGAGUGGGGUUUGCUUUCUUCCCAAGAUGCGUUCGUGUUCGUCGAUAAUCACGACAAUCAGCGUGGCCACGAUGGAAUCCUCACGUACAAGGAACCGAAGCCGUACAAAAUGGCAACCGCAUUUGCAGCGGCCUAUCCGUUCGGACAGCUGCGCAUUAUGAGUUCCUUCGCCUUUACCAGCUUCGAUCAGGGUCCGCCGGCCGACGCACAGGGCAAUUUGCUGUCGCCCAUCAUCAACCCGGACACAACGUGCGGUGGCGGAUGGGUGUGCGAGCACCGAUGGCGCCAGAUGUAUAGCAUGAUCCACUUCCGCAACCUUGCCUGGGGUACACCGAUGCUGCACUGGUGGGACAAUGGUAACAAUCAGAUCGCAUUUGCCCGUGGAAACAUUGGUUUCGUGGCGUUUAACCUCGAACCGUUCGACAUGAACGUGAUCCUGCAGACCGGACUACCGGCCGGUAUCUACUGUGAUGUCAUUUCUGGUUCGCGCGAAGGUGAAACGUGUACUGGCCUGCAGGUGAUCGUAGAACCAAACGGUUACGCAUCGAUUUCCAUCCGUGCCACUGCCGAGGACGGUGUGAUUGCUAUCCACAGUGAGUCCCGACUCUGAUGUGACCUGAGAUGAAACUGUACCACGAUGGUUAGAUUGGAAUUUCCCACGAUAGUUCCUCGUACGCAUCGCAGUUAUACUGGAACCAACGGUCCGCACAAAGCUUCGAGCAAAACAUAACACUGAGCACGAAGCUUCGCGCAUAUUCCUUGCUGAAAGUAAAUAGAAAUAAAAACAA